UGAUGCUCUUAAACAUAUUGGAAAGUGGGUAAUGUCAGUAGCUGAGUCGGGUGAUCAAAAACUACAAGAAAGACUCCUCUCACUAAUCACCCCAACAUUAGCCAUUUUCAACAAUAAAAUGAUGGACAAGAACUCAUCAGAAAUAGAAACGGUAAAACUGCCAAGCAAGUUACUUGUUAGAACGGCAUUGAGAAUGGGGAAAGUUGAAUCAAACAGCUUAAUAAAGGAAAGAUCUCAAGUAGUAACUCCGGAAAAGGCUUCGAUGAUGGGAGAAAAAUUAGGGAGAGGAAUUUUGUCUUCAUAUUCUGAGAUUCGGCAAAAUAUCAGCGAGUUAAAAAAUCUGAGCUCAUAUGAAAAUUAUUUCGAUGCAUUACCUAAUAUCAUUCGCAACUUCUUUCAGGCUCUCAUCACA